UCCCUAAAUUAACAUCAUCGCUGGUGAUUAGAGACAACGCCUCACUCCAUCCAACAGAUCGACGCCAUCCCUUGUAGCGAUCAUCCUAUCACCUCCGGCCUAUUUCCAGAUCACGUCGACGAGUGUAAUUGGUGUCCUUGCACGAGAAUCGCCUAUCUUAUGGGAAUUUUCUUUCUCAAUCCCUUAAGCCUUUGGCUACAAAUUAAGGUAGACAUGACGGUACGGGUGCUAACCCUGGAGGACAGUGAUGGUGGGAAGAUGGGCGGCGCAUGGACAAUAUAUGGAAAGCACAAUGGCAAGGAAAGGAGAGAACUUUGGGAUGGUUUAAUCAAAAUCACCCCUCAAACCAAAUGGAUAGUGGGAGGAGACUUCAACAUCAUUUCUGAUUGCUCAGAAUACUGUGGAAAGCAUCCCCCCUUACAAUCUGACAUGGAGGAGUUCAGGGACUGCCUAGAAACUUGUGGGCUCUCCACACCUCACACUAUUGGGUCUUUAUUCACAUGGUCUGGGGUUAGAAGCAAUGGUAGAGUUAUGAGGAGGCUGGACAGGGCUCUGGUCAGUGACCGGAUGAUAGAAGACUAUGAGGAUAUCAGUAUUUCUCAUCUUAGUAGAGCAUCAUCAGACCACAAGCCUAUUCUACUUCAAUGCAAGAAAGGAAGACAAGCAGGUCCUAAACCUUUUAGGUUCUUGAAUGCAUGGUUAAAUCACCACUCUUUCCUCAAGAUGGUCUCUGAUCGCUGGGUUAGUAGCAUUCAUCAUGGGGGUAUGGCUGGUCUAGCAUUCAAAUUGCAUGGGCUAAAGAGACACAUCAAAGAGUGGAACAUAAAGACUUUUGGUAAUGUGGUUAAUAAACUAAAGGAAGCCGAGGAAACAGCAAUUAAGGCUCAAGAACAAUUUGAGAAGGACCCAACACCAAAAAAUAGGGAAUUGGAUAAGAAGGCAAAGGCUCAGUUGAUAAGGGCUACAGAGAAUGAUCUAAGCUUUUGGAAACAGAAAGCUAACCUGAAGUGGAUGGAAGAGGGGGACUGUUGUUCCAAAUUCUUUCACUCCUAUGUCAAAGCCAGAAGAUCUAAUCAUCAAAUCAGAAGCAUAAAGGAUGAAAAGGGGAAAGAACACAAAGAUAUGGCAAUUAUUAAACAAAUGGCUAUAAACUACUACUCCAAGCUCUACAACAACUCCAAAGAUGUAGAUAUGGAGCCAGUUCUACAUUACUUGGACAAACCUAUCAACCACCAGGACAAUAUCAAUAUCAGCAAGGUACCAAAUGAAGAGGAAAUCAAAGAAGCUGUAUGGAGUUUGAACCCCAACAGUGCUCCUGGACCUGAUGGGUUUAAUGGCUCCUUCUUCAGGGCUUGCUGGCAUAUAAUCAAAGAUGAUGUAGUACGUGCAACACAAGAGUUUUUUGUUGGAGUUCUAGUCCCCAAGAGUUAUGGAAGCACUUUCAUCACUUUAAUCCCUAAAAAUGACAGUCCUAAAAGGUUUGGGGACUACAGACCUAUAUCAUUAUCUACAUUCAUGAGUAAGAUUAAUACUAGAAUCCUUGCAGACAGGCUUCAGAUGAUUUUACCCAAGAUUAUUUCGAAAGAGCAAACUGGCUUUCAAAAAGGUAUGGGGGUGGAUGAGCAGAUACUCCUAGUUGAAGAAAUGGUUCACAAAAUUGAUGCUAAGAUCAGAGGGGGAAAUGUCAUCAUAAAGCUUGAUAUGGCUAAGGCUUUUGAUAAUAUGAAUGGCAUUACAUUCUAGGCGUGUUGGAUAAACUAGGUUUCAGUGAUCACAAUCAAAAACUUCUCUUAGCCAAUUUGAGAAGCACAUUCAUCUCUGCUAUGGUCAAUGGGAGUCCUCAGGGUUUUUCACUAUGAAAAGGGGGGUGAAACAGGGGGAUCCUCUAUCUCCAUUGCUUUUCAUUAUAGCAGGAGAAGGACUUUCCUGGAUGCUUAAACAAAAUAUGGCCUCAUCCAAGAUUGUCAACUACAAUACAGGGAGGGACUAUCU